ACCUGCUAUUUCUUUUCCUUGUUGUCUUUUCUUUGUUUGUUUGUACUUCGUCAGCCGUUCGCCUUGUAUCACGUUGAAACACCAUCAUCAUCAUCAUCGUCAUCAUCCCUCCAAGUUUAUUUCUUUUUUGGUGGCUUUUUAGGGGGGUUGUACCUAGGUACAGUGCGUAAGGUAGCUUGGCGGGGGUUUGUGGAUUUUUUUUUUUUGGUUGGCUCGUUGGUUUUCUCUCUUUUUGCACUUUGCACUUUGCACCUUUUGCUUCUUUUUGUUGUUGUUUCCAAUUCGGGCAGCGUAUUCGUGAUGGUAUGUUUAGUUAGUUAGUCUUAGCGAUGUUACACAGCGGCAUCUGGGUGUGUGUAGGUAGGUAGGUACAUACCUGGUAUAUAGGUAUGUAUGUACUGGCAUGGCUCUAUACCUACUCACAACCGAGUAAGCCUCAAGGUUCUCCAUGUAUGUACGCCGCAGCGUGUUGCUGGGUAGGUAUCUACUAGGAAUAAUAUGUAAUGCACCUACCGCUACCUACCCUUGUAUGCAACUGGUGAGCUGCCAUCUUCCCGUCGGGUCGUCUGGCGCCGCCGCCACGGGCGUGCAGUUGUUCAAGGUUCUCAUGCAUUCUUUUUUGUCUAAUGCGGGGUGGUCAAUGGGGAAACGUCUUGCUUCCCUCCCACGAGGGUUGAUGGGCUUUUAGUGUGUGUGUGUGUGUGUGUGUGUGUGUG